AUGCCCGCCGAACUCAAUGGGCUGCCUACCGAUGCCAAAGAGGGCGUGAAUGGCCAUAAACAUAGCCUCUCAGACUCGACUCCCGCAAACCCAGCAUUCGACUCGAUAGCAGAUGUCAUAAAAGCGUUUGCAAACGACGAAUUCGUAAUCGUGCUUGACGACCCCUCUCGCGAAAAUGAAGGCGACCUCAUCAUCGCAGCCUCAGCCCUCACCCCCGCAAAAGCCUCCUUCAUGAUCCGCUACUCCUCAGGCUACAUCUGCGCGCCCCUACCCGUCUCCCGCGCCGCCGCCCUCCACCUCCCCCAAAUGGUGACGGAGAACACAGACCCCAACCGCACCGCCUACGCCAUCUCCAUCGACGCAAACGACCCGUCCACGACCACCGGCAUCUCCGCCACCGACCGCGCCCUCACCUGCCGCAUGCUCGCCGACCCCAACGCCAAGGCUGCCGAUUUCCGCAGACCAGGCCACAUUUUGCCCCUGCAGGCUCGCGACGGCGGCGUGCGCGAGCGCAAGGGCCAUACCGAGGCUGCGGUGGAUUUGUGCAGGUUGGCGGGCAAACAGCCCGUCGGCGUGAUUUGCGAGCUCGUCACCGACGGCCAGGAGAUUGUCCAGGGCCGGCCGGAGUUGACGGGUGGCGGGAUGAUGAGGCGAGAUGAGUGUCUGGCGUUUGGCAAGAGGUGGGGGAUCAAGGUGUGUACGAUUGAGGACUUGUGCACGUAUAUUGUCGAGACGGAGGGUGGGUUGAAGAAGUAG